AUGCCGGGGAGACGGCUGGGGAGGCAGAGCAGUCGGGACCAGGCCGGGAAGGCUCUGCUCCCACUCCGGGGUGUCCUGGAACUGGAAGGGCACAGACUCCCGCGGAUGAGCGGGAGGAGUCUGACCACGCGGGAGCUGGGGUGUGGCAGGGGCCCCCUCGGCGAGGUGCUGAGUCGGCUUCCGGCUCGGAUGAAUCCUGGUUUCCAACAGCGGGAAUUUCCAACAGGGAAUUUAGGAUUCGAAGUCGGGAGGGCCCGGCUCUCCAGAGAAACUCGCGGAAAUGCUUCCCGUGCCGUGAGCGGCCAGAGCGGUGUGAGCGGCGUGAAGGGCGGCGUGAAGGGCGGCGUGAAGGGCGGCGUGAAGGGCGGCGUGAAGGGCGGCGGGAAGGGCGGCAUGAAGGGCGGCGGGAAGGGCAUCGGGAAGGGCAUCGGGAAGGGCAUCGGGAAGGGCAUCGGGAAGGGCAUCGUGAAGAGCAUCGGGAAGGGCAUCUGGAAGGGCAUCGUGAAGGGAAUCAGGAACGGAAUCAUGAAGGGCAUCGGGAAGGGCAUCGGGAAGGGCAUCGGGAAGGGCAUCGGGAAGGGCAUCGGGAAGGGCAUCGGGAAGGGCAUCGUGAAGGCAUUGUGA